CAUGCUUACAACGCAUGGUUAGGGUACUCUCCACCACCUAGGUGUUUGCAUCGUAUACCUAAUCGUACCCUACACAUGGUAUUUACUUUCCGCGGUGUCAAACCGGUCAGUAUAAAAUAAACCACCUUGAAUAAUUAUGCUCGUAAAGCUUCUAACUAAACGAAUCGCAAAAUAUUCUAAAGGUGAUAAAUAUUUCAUUUCCUGAAGUGUUAACACAAAACUAUAGACAUUGGACCUAGGCCCUAGUGUCUAUCUAUAUGCAAUAGUUCUAGUUCAGGAAUACUCAGGAAGUUACUUCUUUGUCGAAAUCUACAGUAUCAAAAAAUUGAAAAAUGUCUCCAUCAAAGAAGAAUGAAAGUACGUUGAACUCAUCCUACGAUUCAUCUGGUUUGAAAUAUUCCUCAAUUAGAGAUACAGAUUCAACGAAACGUAAACUGAGAAAAUUGAAACAUGAGCUGUCAGCGACGGGAGACCUUUCUAAAGUGUGUGAAGCCGCUAUACAUGAUUUAAAGGACAACGAGCGAGAAAUCUUUUUACUCAAGCUCUAUGUUUCGAAGUUAGAAGCCGAUAAACAGAAAUUAAUGGAUGAUUUAAAAUUACAGGCUCAAAAGACUGAACAGGAGAAAUAUGCUAAGGAAUUGGUACAAAACGAGAAAUCAGAACAAGAUUUAUCUUUGAAAAUUCAAUGCGCGAUAUCAAAGGUUGAUGCUAUUUUCAAAAUGGAGAAGUGUCGUACAGGAUUUAAAUAUGAUACGACUAAAUUAAAGGAUAUGCUUAAUGAGGAGGAUAGAAAUCAAGAAAAACGAUACCAGUUAUGGAAGCAGUUUUUAAAGAAUCCACCGACCAAUCAUGAGAUUUCGUUGUUGUUGAUACGUGUCAAAAAUCAUAAAUCUUGGAACGCAAAAUCACCCCGCUCUGCGACAGAUGAAAUUGAUUUAUUUGCUCAAGUGAUCGCUGAAGUAUCCCGUUCUAUUUCAGAGAAUUUAUAUUUAUCACUGAACAGAAUAAACCCUGUAAAAGACGUUCGACUGAUAGAGGAUACUCUUCAAAAUGAAGCAGUGAACGUUUUAUUGGGAGAUAUUGAAAAUGCAUCCUACAUCAUCUUAUUUUCAGAUGGUUCCAAGGUUCCGGUUUGAUAACUCGUACUUAUAUCCAUUCAAUUUUUUUGAUUUUGCUCGUAACAUAUACAUCAUUACUUAUUUAUAGAAUAGAGUAGUGCGGAAAAAUAUUUUUUUUUUAUUUUCUCUUAAUGUUUUUCUAAUGAAGGUAGGUAUUGAAAUUUAUGAAAACAGAAAACUGUAAAAGCCAAGGUCAAAUUAAUUAAAAUAUUUAUUAGAGAUUAUGCAUAUUUUUUCUAUUUUCAUUUUUAUGUGAUCAAAUGGAAAAACAUUAAUGUAGAAAAAACCGAAGAAAAAUAAACACAUUUUAUCCCUUAAUGUACGUAGUGCG